AUGGAUGUGAGCUCUUGUGAGAUCGGUGGCUGGGGUGAUCGAUGUCACAUACUAGUGAACUCGUCGCAAUUGGACAGUGAGAACAUAGUAUCAAGUCCGCGAAUCGGCAAACCUCUCAAACCUCGCCCCCGUCGCGAUUGCCGUCAACGAGCCGCCUCUUCAUCCUCCCUCCCCCUCGGCGACCGCUUCGCUACACCUCCCCAUCGCGCUGGCCAUCAAGUCCUUCAGGCCAUUACUCCCAGCAGAGUCCAGCGACAUCGCCCAGCUGUAAGCGGGCACCAGCAAGCAGAGAGCUUUGAGCACUACAUAUCAUCUACUCGAAACCUUACACGGCGCAAUCCAAGCAACGAUGAAAUCACCAUGGUAGGAUUUGCCAACGGCUUGCUUCCUCGCAGAGGACGAGCCCUGGCGCCGACUUCUGGGAGCGGGUUAGGGGAAUCGCCUCCGCUGCCACGUCGUCAGGAUAUGGAACAGCUAGAACAGCGUGUUGAGGAUCUCCAGAUUGCGCCGCGGGGAAAAACCGAUGGGCCUCAACCCUCGGAACUUCUUCACUACAUGGCAUCUGCGCGCAGCGCUUGGUCGAUUUCCCAGAUCGACACUUCGAAACGUCCAUGUGAAGAGCCGGGGAUUAUUUGGCCAUGA